UUUUAUCAAUACCGACGUGAUGACCGAGAUCUAAAUUUUCAAUGUUUAGUCUACAAUAAACAAUUGAAAUAUGCAGUUAUUUAUUGGAAUAUUUUUAUUUGUUGCUUUCUCAAAUUUAGUAACAACAUUACCUUAUCAUGAAUUAGAAAGCCAGUCUUCACGAAUAGUCAAUGGGUAUGCUGUGGAUAUAUCAGAAGUUCCUUAUCAAGCGACUCUGAGGCGCAGAGUAGUAUCUGGUUGGGCACAUACUUGUGGAGCAGUAAUUAUUGGCACGAAAGCAGUUUUAUCAGCUGGUCAUUGUGCCGUCAAUUACGUGUCUGAUCCAUCACUUCUAAGAGUGGUUGUUGGCACAUCAAAUCGCCUUUCUGGCGGAAGAUCUUACGAUGUGUCCAGGGUGAUACUCCAUGAAGAUUACUCAGAGUCUACUUUAGAAAAUGAUAUUGUACUAUUGGUAACUGCAACUACUAUAGCUUCUAGUCAGUCAGUCAGUGCUGUACCAUUUGCACCUUCAAAUUUUGAUUUACCAGACGGUACUGAAGCUAUUGUGUCCGGCUUUGGUGCAACAGCAUAUGAAGGUGCAUCAUCCUCAAUACUCCUUGCUGCUAAAGUCAACAUAGUCUCUCAGCAAACCUGCGCAAGAGCAUACCUCAGAAUCGGUAGAAUUACUUCUGGAAUGAUCUGCGCGGGAGCAUCAGACCCAUCAAGAGAUGCUUGUCAAGGAGAUUCCGGGGGGCCUCUUGUAGCCAAAGACCAUUUGGUUGGUUUAGUCUCAUGGGGCGAAGGCUGCGCUGAUAGCGUUUACCCUGGAGUGUAUACUAGGAUUUCGGAGUAUGCGUCGUGGAUUGAAAAGAAUAUGGAGGAAAUUUGAAGGUAUUAAAAAUAGGAAUCAUUCUAAUAAGACCUACGCUUUCUGGUAUGCCAAUAGAAUGGGCACAUGGAGCACUUAAACAUUUCUAACAAGAUGAUCGAAAAUAAAAUAAAAACUGCUGUUUCUCAAAAAUAUUUGCUGAUAUCCAAAAAACAAACAAUAUUAACCAGUAAUCGAAAUAACACUUUAAAUUUUUACAUCGUACCUAAUUAGAGUAAGUAUCGGUAAAAAUAAUUCCGAAUUAAUUUUAUCGAUGAACGGCUAAUUAUGUGAACUUAUCGAUUGAUAAGUGAAGUUGGUUACAACAAUGGAGUUGGGCAACCUAAUUUGAAUAUAAACAACUUUCUACAUCGAUGUCAGUUACGGAUACCUGUACUAUAUAGUGUCAUUGACAUUAUUGUCACAGAAUAAACAGCCACAGAAGAUUUCUUAACACUUAAUAAUUUUACAUACAUACAUAUGAUCACGUCUUUAUCCCUUACGGGGUAGACAGAGCCAACAGUCUUGAAAAGACUGAUAAGCCACGUCCAGCUGUUUGGCUUAAUGAUAGAAUUGAGAUUCAAAUAUUGACGGGUUGCUAGCCCAUCGCCUAUAAGAAGAAUCCCAAGUUUAUAAGCCUAUCCCUUAGUCGCCUUUUACGACAUCCAUGGGAAUGAGAUGGAGUGGUCCUAUUCUUUUUUUUUUAUUGGUGCCGGGAACCACACGGCACAAUAAUUUUUAAGGUAAAUAGUACGUAAAAUAUUAUAGUACGGGUCGGAUCCUGUUGUUCGAAUUUAAUUAUCAAAUUACCAGUUAGAUACUUCUGGGACUUGUGUAAGUCUAUCUAGAAUAUCAUAACGUAGUAGUGUAAUGGAAAACUUUGAAUUCCAGUCCAAAUUCUCAAUUUUUUUUAAAUCAUAGAGCUGAUUGUGGUAUUUCAAUCUCUUUCGGACUGUUGGCUCUAUCUACCCCGUAAGGUCAUGUCAUUUAAGUUUUUAAGAUAUAAUAUUGUGUACUAAUUUCGCACACUUUUUAUUCUUUUACAUAAAGUGGAAACACAUUUCUUACUUCACAUGUAUAACACAUUAAGCAUGCUAAUUAAUUCAGAUGUUAUCAAAUAAUAAUGUUAUAAUUAAGUACUGUUAUGAUUUAUCUAAACUCAUAUACGUGUAUAUGUCAUGUUAUCGUAGUUACAUUUAUAUUAUAAUCUGUGAUGUAAUGCAUAAUUUUAAUAUGUUGCUAACAAAAUAGUAAUAAUGUGUUGUUAUAUUAUAUUGUUAACACUUUUAUUUAUUUCA